AUGAUUUCGGGGAAAGUAAAUGAUGGCAGACUUUCACUUGAAGUUAGUUUUCAGUUUUAAACACGAGGUUAAAUGAAGUCGCCGCUGUUUUCCUGCUUCAGACUCAUUUAUCACGGGUCAUUGUUCAGCAGGAGGUGGGGCUCCAAUUGUAUGUUUCGGAUAGAAAUGAGAAACAAUUGACUUUGCAUUGGUAGCCUUUCACACCCAUCCUGUUCUUGUGUCGUAAAGGCAUUUUUGUGCAGAGACGAAAGUGUUUAUUGCAGCAGACAUGGUUGUGAAUAGACUUAAUUAAACCUGUAUUAUAGUGAACAUGCUAAUUGGAGAAUGUCUUUGUAUCUAUAUGAAUGGCAAUAUGUGGAUUAAUUAAACUCGCUUCACGUUGAAAUACAAUAUAAGGUAAGCGACGGUAAAUGCGUGUAGUUAUCUUGUCUGUUACUUUUACUUUACGGCUUAGACUAGGUAAAUUAGGCUAAUUAUAGCAGGUUGUCAAGCGUGACGAGUAAACGGGUUAUGUGUUUGAGACGCAUAUUACUUGGGCUGUGUCUCAAAAUCUCGUGACCUGCCUGCUUGAAACCCACCAAUGAUGUCCGAAACGCUGUUUAGUAAGCAGGCGGCUCAAAAGCCUUUGAAACGCAGCCAUUAUCUGUAGCUCGUUAAUCUACUGUAUAACUACUGUAUACAAACAUACGCCGCCGCUGUCAGGAGGAGGGACGGUUAUGCCUGUAGUCGUGGUGUAAAUCGCUCAAUAAGCAGAUGUGGAUGUGUCGUCCUCGACUGUCGUCAGUAUUAUUUGACGGGACUGAAGGAUGGCAGCAAAGGAGGAUCUCUACUCAAAGAUAAUUCCGCGCAGACUGAGACAGAACAGUUGCGUCUCGGUCAAACAUGGAUCCAAUCUGGACGUGCUGCUUUCGAUGGGAUUUCCUCAGCAGAGAGCACUGAAAGCUCUGGCAUCAACUGGAGGCAGAAGUGUUCAGCUUGCGUGUGACUGGCUUUUCUCUCACUUGGAUGACCCUUUCCUGGAUGACCCUUUGCCCAGAGAGUAUGUGCUGUAUCUGCGCCCAAGCGGGCCUUUACAAAACCAGCUUUCUCAUUUCUGGCAGCAGUCUCGCUUGACUUGUGGAAAAAACAAAGCUCACAACAUAUUCCCACACAUCACACUCUGCCAGUUCUUUAUGUGUCCAGACAAUAAACUAGUGGCUCUGUGCGAAGCUCUGCAGUCUGCAGUGAAUCAAUGGAGAGGACGCUUCCCCAGUCCUCUGCCCCUAGAGCUCUACACCUCCACCAACUUCAUAGGCCUCUUCGUGGAGGAGCAGGUGGCUGAGACGCUGAAGAAGUUUGCGGCUGACUUCGCGGUGGAGGCUGCAGCUAAAGCUGAUGUUCAUGUGGAACCCCAUAAAAAGCAGCUUCAUUUGACUCUAGCCUAUCACUUCCCAACCAAUCAUUAUUCCAUCUUGGAAAAGUUGGCGCGAGGGAUUGAAGUCAAGCUGGGUUGUGAUUGGCUCGCUGCUCUCUUCUCACGAGACAUACGAUUUUCAAAUCAUGAGAGUUUGCGUGUGAUGUACCCCUACACUCCUCAGAAUGACGAUGAGCUGGAACUGGUGCCUGGAGACUUUAUCUUCACGUCUACAAUGGAGCAAAUGAGCACUAGCGAGGGCUGGGUGUACGGCACGUCUCUGGGCACAGGCAUCUCUGGCCUGCUGCCUGAGAACUAUGUGAACCCUGCUGAUGAGUCUGACACGUGGGUCUUUCAUGGGUCACACUCCUUCUUUUGUACUUCCCCUUUGGAAAAGGGUUGCAAGGAAAGCAAAUCAUUGGAUGGGCUGCUCAACAUUCGAUGCUUUGAGAACUCAAAGUUGGGUGAAUCUACCAUUUUGAGUGUCAUUUGCCAACCUAUGCAGGUGCUUCGCUCCAACAUCCAGUCUCGGACCCCUAAAAGGACCUUGUUUGUAUGUCGGCAUGGAGAAAGAAUGGAUGUAGUGUUUGGGAAACACUGGCUCUCACAGUGUUCUGACUCUAAAGGUAGGUACGUGAGGAGUAACCUGAAUAUGCCUGCUGUACUACCUGCCCGGGGUGGAGCACACAGGGACUAUGAAAUGGACGCUCCUAUCACAGUGGUUGGAGCUACACAGUCUAAGAUUGUGGGUGAGGCUAUGCUGGAAAGCAAUACCACUAUUGAUUUUGUGUACUGCUCACCCAGCCUCCGAUGUGUCCAGACAGCUCAUGAAAUCCUCAGAGGAAUGCAGCAAGAUGGCAGAAUAAGCAUUCGAGUGGAGCCUGGACUUUUCGAGUGGACAAAAUGGGUGUCAGGAACAUCUUUGCCUGCUUGGAUACCCCCCACAGAUCUUGCUGCAGCCAACCUUAAUGUAGAUACAACAUAUAGACCUCACAUCCCCAUUAGCAAACUAACCGUUUCGGAGGCAUAUGAUACGUACAUUAGCCGCAGCCAACAGGUGACCAAAGACAUCUUGGCAUACUGCAAAAAUAAGGGAAAAAAUAUUCUAUUUGUGGGACAUGCUUCAUCUUUGGAGGCCUGUACUCGCCAGAUCCAGGGCCUUUCUCCUCAGAACCCUAAGGAUUUUGUGCAAGUAGUCCGAAAGAUUCCAUACCUGGGUCUGUGUGCCAGUGAAGAGCAGGGGGACUCAGGUAUCUGGCAGUUAGUGGACCCACCAAUUCUUCCUUUAACUCACGGGCCCAACCACAGCUUCAGCUGGAGAGAGACUUUACAGCAAGAAUGAGCUUAUCUGCAGGGUCUGUCCACAUGAGACUGAAAUGCUACCUGCACUGGAAGCACAAAACUGAGAAUAUUUUUUAAACAGAUCUAAUCUGUGAAAUACAGAUUUAAGUUAUGCAAAUGCAAAAAUAUGGGAUGCGACAGAGUUUUUGUUUGCAGGUGGGCUGAGGAGGCCGCACUGAAUAAUGAACAUUUGUGAUAAUGUUUACAGAGCCUUUAAAAGGCUUUCUCAGGGCAUCGGCUAUCAUUUUUAACAAGUGAAAAUGCACAGUGGCAUAAUGCAGCACUUAUCGUAAAGAUUAAAGAUCACUUCCUGCAAUGCAAAUAUGUACAAUUUUGCAAUGAGAUGUUAAACAACUUAAAGGCAAUGAUGUCUUAAUCUCUUGCAAAUGUAAUUUGAAUGCAUAAAAAGUGUAUUUGUUUUAGCAUAGCUGAAUGGAUAUCAGAUGUAUUUGUAAUAUCUUUAAAUCAAAGCUGAAAUGUGUAAUUAUUCAAAUAAAAAAAAAAAAAUACUUUUUUAAAAA